AUGGACAUAAAUGCUCUCAGCGACAUCGCGGCCGAGCUUAGCGUCCCCGCCUACUUCUUCUUCCCCUCUGGGGCCAGCAACCUCGCCGUGUUCCUCAACCUUCCCUACUACUACCCCACCAUGCCGUCGUUCCGGGAGAUGGGCAAGACUACGCUCGUGCGCUACUUCCCGGGCAUGCCGCCGAUCCGCGCCGUGGAUAUGUUGCAGUCGAUCCACGACAAGGAGAACGACGCGACCAAGGUCCGGCUCUACCAGUUCAAGCGCAUGGCGGAGGAGAGGGGCGUGCUGCAACUGAGCGUUCCAGCCAUCGCCCCAGCAAAUAGAACGGUCCUCGACAUGAAUGCCGCCCACCAGAUGCUUGAGAAAAUGCCUCCAAGGUAA